AUGCCUGUCAUAUGUCUCGUUCAUGGUGCUUGGCACCACCCUGCUUCCUACCACCGCAUCAUAGAUCCCUUGAGAGCUUGCGGCUAUACAGUCCUAGCACCCGUCAAUGCGACUGUAGGCAGCGACGGAUCCAUAGCAGGCAAAACGUACGCUGACGACGUGAAAAGGAUCCAUGAGGUCCUGCUGCCCCAUCUUGACGCUGGCGAGGAGGCCACCAUGGUCUGUCAUAGCUACGGUGGCAUUCCCGGCACCGCAGCGCUUCAUGGCCACACUGUGGAAGAGAGAAAGGCACGUGGCCUCGAAGGCGGCGUCAGGUCUGUGUUAUAUUUCGCUGCUGCUGCAGUGCCCCAGAGAGGCAUGAGCCUCUAUACGCUUGAGAACGACAAUUGGCCAGGCUGGCACAGACAGGAGGGAGAGAUGCGCUUGCUGAAUCCCGAAGCCAUGGAUGUCUUUUACAAUGAUAUGCCCAAGGAAGAGAGGGAAAGCCAUUUCGCGGGUUUGAUGUACCAGAGCCAUGCCAGUCUCGUAACUCCAACGCAGUAUGCGGCGACUGAGGUCAAGGCUCCCAAGAUCUAUGUUGUGUGCACCAAUGACAAGUGCAUCCCGGCCCUGGGUCAGCAGGCCAUGGCCAAUGCCAUGGGUGCCCGAGUCAUCGAGCUUACUUGCGGGCACAGUCCGUUUCUCAAGGAGGCGGAAUCGAAGGAGCUGGUCCGUUUGAUCAUGGACCUGGCCACGUAG